AACAACCCCGCCAUAACAGAAAAUUAAACUUUCGCCUUGUUCAUAUCCUAAUGUUUAAUAUGAGUUUUAUAAACGGUCAGACGGUUGUGUCGUUGUUAGCUGUUACCGUUUUACAAUGGCAAGCGGCUUGUGUGAUUGCAAAAGACAUGAAGGGCUCUAAUAGCGAAUGGCGGUUAACAAAGUUAACGCUGUUGGAAAGAAACAGUUUUAUGUUCAAUAACUCGCUCAUGAGUGACGUUAAAUUCGUACCCAGAGGAUGCGGCACUGAUGAACCCAUAUAUGCUCACAAAUACAUCUUGGCUACGAGCAGCCCUGUGUUUUAUGAACUUUUUUACGGCGAAUCAGCAAAACGUACCAGAUUACAAUUAGAUAACAGUUUCAUAUAUGAGGACGAGGGUUAUAUUGUCUUUGAAGAGGAUCACUUUGUUGAACCAGUCGUGUCUGCUUUCCUUCGCUUUCUUUAUAAAGAGGAAUGCCCCGAGAAUAUUGAAUAUAUUGUACGAGGCACUCGGGAUAUGGCCAAACAAUAUCGAGUUCCAUCCUUGGAAACUGCGUGCAUAAAGGACCUAGAAUUAAAAGACACAGUGGUCUCUGAUGGAGAAUGGCAGUUGACAAAGACAACGUUGCUCUCGAGAAGCAGUUAUAUGUUUAACAACCCGCUCAUGAGCGAUAUCAUUUUCUGGUCAGAAGGUAGGGGUGUCUAUGCACACAGAUACAUCUUAGCUACGAGCAGCCCUGUAUUCUAUACAAUGUUUUACGGAGAAUCAGAUAUACAUAACGAUUAUAUUUACGAUGAUUUUGAUGAAGAAAUCAUAGCUGCUUUUCUUAGCUUUCUUUACAAAGAAGUGUGUCCUAAGUAUAUUGAAACAGUCCUGAAAGUGUUAGCUUUGGUGAAGAAAUAUCGAGUGCAAUCGUUUGAAACUACAUGCAAGAGUAGCUUGGAGUUUAAUACUCCCUGGCCGGCAUUUAAGGUGAUUGAAAAAUUCUUAGAAGUGGACGCAGAAGAAAUGGCAGAACCAUGGUGGACUCGAAUAGAGUCCCAACUUGAUGAGAUUAUUGUAUCGGAAUAUUUUUUGAAAAUAAGUCAAAGAACUUUGAUCGCGUUUUUAGAACGUGACACGCUUUGUUAUCCCGAGAUUGAUUUAUUCCAUGCGGUAGUAAGAUGGUCUGAAUAUCAAUGUAGAUUACAAAGAAUGUGGGUAACUGUGGAGAACCAGAGGAAAGUUCUUGGUGACUCUAUUUUUCGAAUUCGCUUCCUAUCGAUGACUGAAGGAGAUUUCAAAAGGCAUGUUGUUCCAUCGGGUGUUCUGACUGACAAUGAAGUUAGUGCAAUCAUUGAGACAAUGAGGUCUGGUGUAGGCAACUAUAACUACAACUGGGCUUUACCGGCCAGAAGUAAGCGUGCAUGGUUUUGUCAAUUUUAUAGUGUGGAACAACUUCAAAACCGUGUGAUGGCAAUCGUUUUGGGUGCCUUGCUCUUAGUUGCUUGUGUAGUAUUUAUGCAUGUAUAUCCGUACCUCCUUCAGAUAUAUGAAGAAAUACAAGAAACACUGCAGCGACUACACUGCAGCGACUACAAGAACUUCAAACAAGAACAACAAGCGGAACUAGAGGAAGAACAAAAACAACUCAAUGAAGAACAACAGCUAAGACAGUAUCGACGACGACGACGUACGAUACCGGCAACGACAACAACAUGAUUUCUUUAACGACAUCAAUCCUCCUAAGUCGGACUAAAGUGAUGAUUUGAUGUUCAUAGAGAAAGAGAAAUCGUUAACAACCGAGCAAUCAGUCCUAAUUUAUGUGAGGUGUGGAAAUAGCGUCACAGCAAUUUGUGCAUAAUUUAUCACAAAUUAUGUAUAAAUUGUUGAAAAGCACGAUAAGCACAAGGAAGACAAUAAUUUAUGCCGGUUUUCACUUAACGUUUUCAAAUUUUAUAUCGAAUUUUAUAUGGCCUAAUAUUCAAUCUUUCAAGAUGGAAUGUAUCAAAAAUUGUGUCUGAAAUGCAAUAAAUCAACCUCUGGAGGCCAAAAUGUACGAAAAUGUUCUGGAUAAGGACCCA